AUGGCCGAAGACGGGCCAUCGGUUGCAACUACCCUCAAGAAAAUCGAUAAGGAGAUCGAAAAACUGGAGGAACUUGUGCUCUCGUUAAACAACAAGCAUGCGAUCCUCCUUUCCAAAAAGACAGGAGCUAUUGCGUCCAUUCCCUCCCUACCUCCCGACAUCCUUCUCGAGGUCUUUCACCAUCUCCUAGUCGAGGACAAUGACUCAAAAAUCAUCGUACACCCCUCUCACGUCUGCCAUCUCUGGCGCGAAACUGCUGUCGGCACACCCCUAUUGUGGACCCGGAUGCUGGUUGGCGGGUCUGAAGAAGGGAAGGAUGGCACGACGGUCGAAGAAAUCCUCCGCAAAGUUUUCUUUGGGAGCUCUCAUAGCGGAGAUCCUAGAAGUGACACAGGGCUGCAGAUGGCAGAGCAUCUGCAUAUCGUCGCCGUGCGCGUCCGACUUCGAGCCGCUUUUCGCUCAAUCAACUACGACAGUGACGAGUGCUUGGAGGCGGGCGCUAUCGAUCUUCAAGCGCACUGUGCUCUUACGAGCUUCACGUUUGAUAGCUGGGAGAAGAUUGUGCCCAACAUCUUCGCGGUGCCGUGGACGCAUCUAACAUAUCUAAAGCUCGCAGCCUUCCUGUAUACAGAGCAGUAUCUCCAAAUUCUGGGACAGUGUGUCAACUUGGAAGCAUGUGUCCUCGGCCCCCACACCGACGAAAACCAUCAAUCUCUCGCUGCUCUUCCGCCUAUCCAUCUUCCCAAACUCAAGCACUUGGAGCUACUCGCACUUCCUCUUAUUUGCUGCUACCUCCGCACUCCCGUCAUUGAAGAGCUGGUCCACCAUUCUGACAUUUAUUACGGUAAACGGGGGAGACUGAGGGACUAUCUCAACAGCGUCGGGUCCACCUUGCGGAAGGUACAACUUGCUGGUGAUACCACGACAGUCGCGCGGCGGUUCCGAGUCUCUGAGUUCAUCAAGUCGUUCGAAGUUCUGGAGGAGCUCACUUCUCGGCAUGCAGCUCUUCUUGCUCAACGAGCAGAUUUAUUGUGUCGUCUCCGAGAAGUCCACAUUCCCACCCUACCUCCCGAUAUCCUUCUCGAGGUCUUUCGCCACCUCCUCGAGGAUGACGACAACUCCAAGGGCAUCAUCCACCCAUCCCACGUCUGUCGCCUCUGGCGCGGAACAGCCGUCGGCUCUCCCUCCUUGUGGACCCGGAUUUCAGUGAAUCGCUACGAUAAUGAGGCAAAGGAGGUUGCCAUCAUUGAGUUCGCCGAGACCUGUACCGAACGCGCGAACGGCUGCCUGAUGUCCCUAAAGGUGGAAGCGCAAAAUCUGUCGCAUUCGUCGAAGAAGCUUAUUCGGAGGAUCCUCGAGGUAACCCGAAACAGCAAAUGGGAAAAUAUUGACUUGUCUGCGACGUACACGAGCGAUUUCGAACCCGUGUUUUCUGGGUUGUUGAAUGCGGGAAUUAUAGCAACAGUUCAUACCUUGUCCCUCACAAGCUCCGUUCGCAAGGAUGUUCUCGAGGAUGCUUGGCCCCGACAAGUGUACAACGCUGCUGACUGGGACCUCCACUUGCCAACAGGUGUCAUCAACCUCCAGCCGUAUAUCUCUCUCAGGAGCUUCACGUUCGACUGUAGCCAGGCCUUUAACGUGGAUAUGUACGUCGUUCCGUGGACGCAGCUCACCUAUCUGAAGUUCACUGGCGUGACGGAUCCGGCGCUGUAUCUCCCCAUUCUGCGCGGGUGUUUGAAUUUGGAAACAUGCGUCCUUGGAACGUACGAUCCCAGCAGCGAAAUUACUCCAGCCGCUGCGAGUCUACCAUUGGUUCAUCUUCCGAAGCUGAGGCGCUUGGAACUCAUCUCCAGGUGGAUGCCUCAGCUCAUACCCUUGAAAAUUCGCACUCCGGCCAUCGAAGAGCUCGUCCUGCAGUUUGAAAGUGAAGACGAUGACGGUAUAUGGCAGGAACUGUUUGGCUAUCUCGACAGUAUUGGGGACACCUUGCAGAAAUUGCAGGUCCCCAAGGCUAUGGCGCGCUACGAAUUUGGGCCUUCCAUUAAAUUAUUGAAUGUUCUGGAGGAGCUCGUUGUCUCCGGCUCGUUCGAUAGCUGUUGGAGCGCAGAAGAUGUGCCAGGCUCAAGUCAUCUCGAAGGCGUCCGAGAUUUUUUAUCCGAGAUUUCACGUGCUGUUAAGGUCGGCGGGGUCAGGCAUUAUCCGCUCCCUCACCUGCGGACGCUGGAAAUGAAAGGUCAGAUCUUUCGAGCCGACGAAAUCCUCCGUGGUUACGUUCUCGAUUUCAUGGACGCACGGAUAAAGCAUGCACAGUUCGGUCUAGAAGGCGUUUCGGUACAUCCGCGGCCCAUAGAGCGCGUCGUCUAUCGGUUGGCGGAUGAAGCGAGGGGAAAGCUACAGAAGCAGGCGGCCCGCUUCGAAAGUUGGAGGAAGGAAGGGAUCGUCACUGUCGAGAUCGAAGACUAA